AUGUUGGAUCUAUCUCACAACAAGCUAAGGAGCCUUCCUGCAGAGCUUGGAGAUAUGAUAUCUUUGUGUCACCUCUAUCUUAACCAUAACCAGCUCCGAGUUCUGCCAUACGAACUUGGAAAGCUUUUCAGAAUACAAACAUUGGCACGCUCGGGAUUUCUUGACUCUCCUGAAGAAUCUUGCAUGUUUGACGAUCUCGACCUAUCCAGUAGCGCAGUUGAACUGCUGAAGCAUCGGGAAACGCCUCACGCUGAGCAUCUCUGCAAUUCCAUAUCACAUUGGAUACCACAGCCUUACUGGAGGGAUGGAGUCGAGCAUUGCUCUGUAACGUCGUUCGAGGCUUCUUUUUUUAUGAGUGCUGCUUCUAUCGAGUACGCAACUCGUGCAAGUUUCUCGGUAUGUCGAGUUGCUUCAGAAUCGCCCCACAGUCAAACAUCAAUUGGCCGAUCAUCGCAUCAAGAGACAGGAAAGACUUCGAAAUCGCUCACCCCUUCCUCAGAUCUAGGCGACCUUCUUUCAUUGGUUGAAACGGAAUUGUCUUUCACAUCCAAGAGGACAUCAAAACAUGCUUCUACAGAAGUUCUUGAAUCAUCUGCGGACACUAACACACUUUCCUUGCAUCUGUUUCUUCAGCCUGGAAUAGCAAAGCGAAGUGAUUUUUCUGUUAACACCGCACCGCCGCCUGAGCGGGAAUGGGUGAUGAUCCGACACGCAGAUCCCGACCGACCUAUAGCUACUUUUACUGUGCUGUGCUACAACGUGCUAUGUGAUAAAUAUGCCACUGUCAACCAAUAUUCCUACUGCCCAUCAUGGGCUCUCAAUUGGGAGUACCGAAAGAUGUCUAUUAUGAAAGAAAUUCGAAAUUACGAGGCAGACAUCAUCACAUUACAGGAAGUCGAAACGGAACAAUUUCGUCUAUUGUUUCAACCGGAAUUGAAGGUGUUAGGGUACACAGGGAUUUUUUCUCCAAAAUCUCGCGCAAAGACCAUGAAUGAAGAAGAUCGAAAGUACGUGGAUGGCUGUGCAAUCUUCUGGAAAUCGGAAAAGUUUGAGAUUGAGCGAGAGCACCUCAUAGAGUUUACGCAAAUUGUUGUGAAGAAAGCCGCCUCAUCGGAGCAUAUGCUCAACCGGGUUAUGCCUCGAGAUAACAUCGCGCUGUGUGCUGUUCUCCGGAUCAAGGAGAACGUCUACAAUAACAGACGCAUGACGAUGGCUGCAGCAGACAAUGUCGUUGGUUCACCGCUUGUUGUUUGCACUGCUCAUAUCCAUUGGGAUCCUGAACUUUGCGACGUCAAGCUGGUUCAGACUAUGAUGCUGGCGCACGAGCUGUAUAAACUACUUGAGGAGGUCGCUGAGCAAUUUCGAAUAACACCCCAGCAGACGCCUGUGCUUAUAUGCGGUGAUUUAAAUUCGCUUCCCGAUUCAGGUACAAUGUGUUUGAUU